AAUCAUAAACCCCUCCUCUAUUCAGAAUCAUAUCCCCCAACCGAGAGAGCCCUUAGUGAUAUUUCAGAUUUUUUUCGCUUCGCAAAACAUCCCAAAGCAUCCAUGGCGGAGGGCACACCUGCAGUCGCCGAGCUUCCUGCUAAUAACACCAUCUACAUUAAUAACCUUAAUGAGGAAAUCGAGCACGAUGCGCUGAAGGAAUCGCUUCACGCGGUGUUUUCUCAGUUUGGGAAGAUAUUGGAGGUUUUGGCGUUCGAAACCCUAAACCACAGGGGGCAAGCGUGGGUUGUCUUUGAGAAUGUCUCGUCUGCCACCAAUGCGCUUCGUCAAAUGCAGGGAUUUUCACUCUACGAUAAACCUAUGCGGAUUCAGUAUGCGAUAAAAGAAUCUGAUGUCAUUGCAAAGGCUGAUGGUACCUUUGUUCCUAGAGAAAUAAGGAAGAUGCAAGAUGACAAAGAUGAUGCUAAUCAAGCAACUGCUCUUAACCCUGCAUAUGCUGGUGCUUACGGAGGAGCCCCGCCUUUACCACAAAUACCGGAUAUGGGAGCUAGAGCUGUUCGGGAGGCACUGGAACCAAACAAGUUCCUAUUUAUCCAGAAUCUUCCUCACCAGACAACUGCUAUAGAGCUGGGAACGGUUUUCAAGUACUGUCCUGGGCUUAUCGGAGUCCAAAUGAAGGAAACGUUGCCUGGGAUUGCUUUUGUAGAGUACGAAAACGUGAUGCAAGCGACAAUGGCUAUGACGAUGUUUGAGGGGUUUCAGAUCGGUGGAAGUACAAUAUCGAUCAAUUUUGCAAACCCGUAGAUGAAAAUCUUUCUUUUUUUUUUUCUUUUUUUU